AAUUCGAGUCUUAAAUCCUUAAGACGGCAUCCUAAACCCUAAAGACGCGUCUUACCGCUAAAACACCUCCCGAGGUGUUUUAGCAGUAAGACGCGCUCCUAAGAUUUCAUCUUAAAUGUAAACAUGGCCGCCCGAGAGGAACUGCACCGCCACCACCUGCGACAGAGACAAGCGUUUCGUGAGAGGAAGGACAUUCUGAACGAGCUAGACGACCGUGAGUUGGUGAAGAGAUAUCGGCUGGACCGUGCUGGUAUCACUUUCGUGACAGACUUGGUGCGGGAAAGGCUGAAGAGACCUACUGUAAGGAACAAGGCCCUCUCCCCCGAGAUGCAAGUGAUCAUCACUCUGCGGUACCUUGCUACAGGGAAGAUGCAGCAGUGCAGCGCUGAUGACUUGGGGCCCUCACAGCAGACCAUCAGCAGGGUCGUCAGUGAUACUUUGGAAGCACUCUCAGACAAUGCCAUCCUCUCCCAGUUCAUACGAUUUCCAGUCACCCAACUGGAAACUCAGAGGAGGAAGGAGGAGUUUCUUCAGAUUGCUGGCUUCCCUGAAGUGAUUGGUGCCAUUGAUGGGACACACGUGAGGAUUGUGGCACCAAGUGAAUAUGAGGCAGAGUUUGUCAACCGAAAAAGAUACCACAGCAUCAACGUGCAGUUUGCGUUUGAUGCUCGGUACCACAUUAUUGAUGUGGUAGCAAAGUGGCCGGGAUCGGUUCACGAUGUAAGAAUACUUGCACAAAGUGGACUCUGCACCAUAUUUGAAAACGGCAUCGUCCCAGCUGGGUGUCACUUACUGGGAGAUAGUGGCUAUCCCAGCAAGAAGUGGCUACUGACUCCAUACCUCAGACCACAGCCUGGAGCACAGUCUUCUUAUAACAGGGCCCACAAGAAAACCCGCAGCGUUGUUGAGAGAGGCAUCGGGCAGCUGAAGUGACGUUUUCACGUGCUGCACAGCGAGAUCCGAGUUGGUCCUCCAUCCAAGGUCUGCCAAAUAGUAGAAGUUUGUGCACUGCUGCACAACGUCUGCAAAGUCAGAAACAUCAUUCUUCCAGAAGAAGAAAAUGAAAAUCUGGCUGCAGCCGAGGAUGGAGGCAACGAGGAGCAACCCCCAGUACAGGAAGUUCAACAUCGCCGUGAAGGAAUCCUGUACAGAGAUGAAUUUGUGGUGCUUCACUUCAACAUUGAUGAGUGAUGAUACACCAGUGUCAUCACUGCUGAGAUUGGUGUCAUUUUCAUGUGUAUGACCUCCUCAUCCACAUACAUCAGUGAUGUACCAGGCAAGUCAGGCCCCUGUUGGUGCAACAUCACUGGUGCUGGAAGUGGUGUGGCAGGUGCCUCCUCCUCCACACCCAUUGCCUCGGUCA